UGGGAGGUCCCCCAACCCGCAGCUCAACGGCCUCGCGUCGGGGAGGCGUGGGCAGAUUGGGAAGAAUUUCUUCUCCAGAAGAGCGGCUGGGCACAGAAAGGGCCUGCAGGGGAGGAGGGGUCAGCGCCCAGAGGGAUGCGGGGACACAGAGCUGAGCGACGCGGGGCGGGGGGAGACGGAGGCAGGGGUCCUGGGUUCUGAGAGCGCCGUCCCCUGCAGCUCACCAUCAUCUUCAAGAACAUGAAGGAGUGCACGGAGCAGAAGGUGUACCGAGCCGAGCUGGACAACGUGCCCGCAGCCUUCGAGGACGGCUCGGUGACGGGCGGCGAGCGGCCGGGGGGAGUCGGGCUGCACAUCCACGAGCGCAGCCCUGGGCGACACGUGGAGAUCCGAGCUCCGUACAUCGGCACCACCAUCGCCGUGCGCCAGGCCGCCCGUCAGCUCUCCUUCUCCAUCCGUGCCGCCGAGGAGGUGACCCGCGCCUUCACAUCGGAGCAGGACCUGCAGCUGUGCGUGGCCGGCUGUCCCCGCAGCCAGCGCAUCUCCCGCAGCGUGCGCAGCCGUGCGGCGGCGCAGGCGGCUCGGGCGCUUUGCAAAGCCACGCUGCCCGUGGAGGACGUUUACUUCCAGUCGUGCGUCUUCGACGUGGUCACCUCCGGCGAUGCCAACUUCACCAUGGCGGCACGAGGAGCGCUGGAGGACGCCAGGGAUUUCCUUCCCGACGCGGAGAAGCUGCACAUCUUCCAGGCCGGGGCGGGCUGCCCGCGUGCACCUCCCUCCUUCCUCCUCCUCCUCCUCCUCGUCUGCAGUCUUUGCGCUCUCAGGUCACAAUUGUGACCCCUCUUGUGAGCCUUUUGAUGGCACUUGUGACCUUUUUGUGACCCUCAUUGGCACUGGUGACCCUUUUGUUGGCACUGGUGACCACUGUCAGCACAUGUCACCCUUUUGUUGGCACUGGUGACCCUUUGGUUGGCACUGGUGACCCUUUUGUUGGCACUGGUGACCAUUGUCAGCGCAUGUCACCCUUUUGUUGGCACUUGUGACCUUUUUGUGUCCCUCAUUGGCACUGGUGACCCUUUGGUUGGCACUGGUGACCAUUGCCAGCGCAUGUCACCCUUUUGUUGGCACCUGUGACCUUUUUGUGAUCCUCAUUGACACUUGUGGCUGUUGUUGGCACAUGUCACCCUUUUGUUGGCACUGGUGACCUUUUGGUUGGCAUUGGUGACCCUUUUGUUGGCACUGGUGACCACUGCCAAUGCAUGUCACCCUUUUGUUGGCACUUGUGACCUUUUUGUGACCCUCAUUGGCACUUGUGGCUGUUGUUGGCAGAUGUCACCCUUUUGUUGGUAGAUGUCACCCUUUUGUUGGCACUUGUGACCUUUUUGUGACCCUCAUUGGCACUGGUGACCCUUCGGUUGGCAUUGGUGACCCUUUUGUUGGCACUGGUGACCAUUGCCAGCACGUCACCCUUUUGUUGGCACUUGUGACCUUUUUGUGACCCUCAUUGGUACUGGUGACCCUUUGGUUGGCACUUGUGACCUUUUUGGUGACCCUUAUUGGCACCGGUGACCCUUUGGUUGGCAUUGGUGACCCUUUUGUUGGCACAGAUGACCACUGUCAGCACAUGUCACCCUUUUGUUGGCACCUGUGACCCUUUUGUUGGCACUUGUGAUCCUUUGGUUGGCACUGGUGACCAUUGCCGGUGCAUGUCACUCUUUUGUUGGCACUUGUGACCUUUUUGGUGACCCUCAUUGGCACUGGUGACACUUUUGUUG